AUGGGUGACCAGGAAGUUGCAGCUCUUGUGGUGGACAACGGCAGCGGCAUGUGCAAGGCUGGCUUCGCGGGCGAUGACGCGCCCCGCGCAGUGUUCCCAUCCAUUGUUGGGCGGCCCAAGAUGCCCGGCAUCAUGGUGGGCAUGGAUCAGAAGGACACCUAUGUGGGAGAUGAAGCACAAUCCAAGCGAGGUGUGCUCACCCUGAAGUACCCAAUUGAGCAUGGCAUCGUGACAAACUGGGAUGAUAUGGAGAAGAUCUGGCAUCAUACGUUCUACAACGAGCUGCGCGUUGCUCCGGAAGAGCAUCCUGUCCUUCUGACAGAGGCACCGCUGAAUCCAAAGGCCAACCGAGAGCGCAUGACCCAAAUCAUGUUUGAGACCUUCAACGUCCCUGCGAUGUAUGUUGCCAUCCAGGCGGUGCUGUCCUUGUACUCUUCUGGCCGUACUACAGGCAUUGUGAUGGACAGCGGCGAUGGUGUCAGCCACACGGUGCCCAUCUAUGAGGGCUAUGCGCUGCCGCACGCUAUUCUGCGAUUGGACUUGGCUGGCCGCGACCUGACGGAGUAUCUGAUGAAGAUCCUGACAGAGCGUGGCUAUGCGUUCACCACCACGGCGGAGCGCGAGAUCGUGCGAGAUGUGAAGGAGAAGCUUUGCUACAUCGCCCUGGACUUCGACAGUGAGAUGAAGGCGGCUUCUGAGUCUAGCGACAAGGAGAAGACGUAUGAGCUGCCAGAUGGCAACAUCAUCACCGUGGGAAGCGAGCGAUUCCGCUGCCCUGAGGUGCUUUUCCAGCCCAGCUUUGUGGGCAAGGAGGCCAGCGGCAUUCACGACACCACCUUCCAAUCCAUCAUGAAAUGCGAUGUUGAUAUCAGAAAGGACCUGUACGCCAACAUUGUGCUGUCAGGCGGCACGACCAUGUUUCUGGGCGUGGGUGAACGCAUGACCAAGGAGUUGACUGCGCUAGCGCCUUCCACUAUGAAGAUCAAGGUCGUGGCACCGCCUGAGCGCAAGUACAGCGUUUGGAUUGGUGGCUCCAUUCUGUCCUCUCUGAGCACGUUCCAGCAGAUGUGGAUCUCUAAGGGCGAGUACGAUGAGAGCGGCCCCACGAUUGUUCAUCGCAAGUGCUUCUAG